UGACUUUUUCUUUGACCGCCAAAGAAGACGAAUUGACAAAAUCACGAAGAAAAACGAAUCCUUUUUUGUUUCUUCUGCACAGAAUCUUCAUUUUAGCUUCUUCCUCUGCUUCUCUCUCUUUCUCUUCCCUCUUGAUUUGGGUGAAAUUGAGCUGAGUAUAUAUCUGUCCGCCUAGGUUUCUCUUUUUUUGGUUUGUGUUUUUAGUGUAGAAUCCAAUCUACCAUGGAUUAUGAACACAAUACGAAUCCAUUUGCAAGGGCAAGUGGAAGUGGAAGUACAAGUGCGAGUUCAAGCUCCAGUUUUAGUAGCGGCGUGGCGGAUACAGAUGAUGACCAAACCAUUGCGCGUAUGUUAGCUGAAGAUGAGAGCUUAAGAAGAGAGGGCAUGCUUGGGAAGAGACUCUCUCAUUUAGAUUCUAUCCCUCACACUCCUCGGAUUAACACUAAAAUACCCGAUAUAAAUGAUGCAACAUUAGACCAUGACCUCCUCUCUGUGAGGUUGGCCACAUAUGGGUUAGCUGAACUACAGAUGGAGGGGGAUGGGAAUUGCCAGUUCCGAGCUCUGGCAGACCAGCUUUUUGGCAAUCCAGAUUACCAUAAGCAUGUAAGGAAGCAUAUUGUAAAGCAGUUGAAAGAGCAACGAAAGUUAUACGAAGGAUAUGUGCCGAUGAAAUACAGACACUACACCAGGAAGAUGAAGAAACCGGGUGAAUGGGGAGAUCACGUCACUCUUCAAGCUGCUGCUGAUUGUUUCGAAGCCAAGAUCUGCUUACUCACAUCAUUUCGGGAACAAUCGUACAUCGAGAUACUUCCUCAUAACAAGAACCCUCUUCGUGAGGCUUGGCUUAGCUUCUGGAGCGAAGUGCAUUAUAAUUCUCUAUACUCUAGUGGAGAUGUUCCCACAAGAAAACCUAGGAGGAAACACUGGCUCUUCUAGGAUUGGAUCCAGAUUCGUAUAAUCCAUACAUGCAUGUAUGUAUUCUUUCUUCAGAUUGUUGUGUAAACUUUGUAUUUACAUCACUCUAUGUUAACAUGUUUUAUCAUUGGUUCCCACUCAUCACUUUCAUUGUAAAAAGAACAAGUAAAGGUAGUGUGUUUGUUAUUUAUUUAAUCUUUGACAUA